AUGGGCACCCGCGGGCUAAAGGAGGCCGUGGUGGAGCUGAAGCCAGGACAGGCCCUCGAAGGCAGUGCAGAGACAGAGCCUGCCGACGGCCAGCCUGUGGUGAUCCUCCUAGGCUGGGCCGGCUGCCAGGACAAAUACCUGGCCAAAUACAGCGCAAUCUACAGCCAGAAGGGGUGCACGGUCAUCCGUUACACGGCUCCAUGGAGGAUGGUAUUCUUCUCUGAGACCUUUGGCAUCAGAUCCCUGCAGACCCCAGCCAGGCAACUCCUGGAGCUGCUCUUUGACUACAGUAUUGAGAACAGACCGGUUCUUUUCCAUGUUUUCAGCAAUGGUGGUGCCAUGCUGUACCGUUACAUCAUGGAGGCGCUCCACACCCACAAGUUGUUUAAGAACCUCAGAGUAGCUGGCACCAUUUUCGAUAGCGCCCCUGGCAGAAGAAACUUGCGAGGAGGCCUUCGUGCCCUGGAAACUGUCCUGGCCUCCAUGAACGUGCUGCUCAAGUAUUUCCUGCUGUUCACGUUUGCCAGCACGGCCGUGGUGCUGCGGAUCCUGCUGUACCCCCUGACCCGCUCCAUCCACGAGAGCCAUUACGAUGCCCUGCUGAAAGCGCCCUCGCGCUGGCCCGAGCUCUACCUCUAUUCCCAGGCCGAUCUCAUCAUCAGGGCCAGCGAGGUUCAGCUCAUGGCCGAUGCCCGGCAGCAGCUCGGUGUUCCUGUGAAAGCUGUGGACUUCUCAGAUUCGCCUCACGUCAGCCACAUGCGGGUGUACCCCAGCUAUUACUGCAACCUCUGCACGACUUUCCUCUCUGACUGUGUCGGGGGCUCAGCUCCUUAGUGCUGUAAUGACCUUCCGUGUUUGCCUCUGCUUGCUCAGCUCCUAUGGAAAAUGUCAGCCCCUUUGCUUUUGUGUCUUUGAAGCGAGGAAAGUAGAGGCUUCUUGUUUGGUUUGGUUUUUUUCCCCUACUUUCUGUAAGUCUGAAAGCCUCCAGCUUGGCCUUUGGACCAGCCACGUUAGAGCAGAAAGUAGAUAUGGAUUAAUUUAAAGUCCUGAAGGUGAAAUCCUGUCAUGGUUCAUGUUGAUGUGCUUUACCAAGGUGUCACAGACCAGAAGCUCAUACUGAGUAUUUUUUGUUUCUUCCUGUCUCUUCUUGUUCUCUGCUUUCCAUGUUGUCUCCUUAUCCCUGAUGUCCAGUGUGCAUGUUCUGUUGCUUGUACUAAUUUUACAGUACAGCUCUUCCAUGUCUUUGUU